GCAAUAUGGAUGGAUGGUCCAAGAUCUACAAGUCCGGUGGACUAAGCGCGCUCUAGUAAGCUCCUCCACUCCCCCAUGUCACCCCGCCGUCACGAAAGCUGAUCCGGUUUCCUUCGCUUCCAGUACUGGUAUAGGUCCUACCUGGGUUGGUUACUCAGUCCAGGGUGCAUGCAAAUAUGGGUUCUACGAAUAUUUUAAGAAAAAAUACGCGGACGCCGUUGGCCCAGCCAAUGCGGUCAAAUACAAAGAUGCCAUUUACCUAGCGGGCUCUGCCUCGGCCGAACUGAUUGCCGAUGCGGCCUACGUGCCGCUCGAAGCUGUCAAGGUGCGAAUGCAAACCACCAUCCCCCCGUUCGCCAACGGGAUGAUGGAUGGAUUCAGAAAGUUUGUCGCUGUCGAGGGGACCGGGGGCCUGUACAAGUCUCUGGGCUCGCUUUGGUCUCGCCAGAUCCCGUACACUAUGAUGAAGUUUUGGUCCUUCGAAGCUACCGUCACUAAGAUCUACGCUUCGCUUGGCAAACCCAAGGACUCCUCCAACAAUUGGGUGUCUCUUUCGUUGGUGGCUACAUCGCCGGGGUUUUCUGUGCUGUUGUAUCUCACUCGGCCACCCCAUCUCCUUCUCAAUUCAUUCCAUGGCCAC